UAUAUCCACGCCCGCGAUAGGCCGGCUCAGUUGUGGUGGCAGUAGCAUGGCAUGCGAAGCCUGGUGUAAGUGGCAAGUCGCAUCGCGAGUGUUUCUGGUUGAAUGAACAUCCCAAGAUCGCGUUCUAGUCUGGCUCAGUGGCAGACACGCACGCCCAUCCCCCUCCAGCAUGGCUUCGUCAAUGAUCCUCCGCUUCCCAGGCGUCGCCUUCAUCACUGGUGCUGGCGGCACAGGCAUCGGUGCCGCUGUCUCCAAAGCCUUUGCUCGUGCUGGCUGCACGCGCAUGGCCAUUACUGAUAUCAACAAGGCCUCCCUCGACCACACACGAGACGCUGUGCUCGCCAUCAACCCCAAGAUCCAGGUAACAGCUCGUGAGGGCGACAUCCAGGACGACAAGUUUGUCGAGUCCUUGGCAGACCAGGUCCGCGACACAUUCUCUCGGAUCGACUACGCCGUCAACUGUGCUGGCAUUCUCGGCAAGGACCAGAGAUCGACAGAGACCUCUGUCGCAGACUUCGACCGCAUAAACGGCGUCAAUUACAGAGGCACAUGGCUCACCUCGAGAGCUGCAUUGGCGCAGAUGCUCCGGCAAGAGCCCCUGCCUGAACAUCCGAAGCAGAGAGGAGCUGUUGUCAGCAUUGCCAGCCAGCUUGGCAUUGUCGCUCGUCCUGGAGCUGCCCACUACUGCGGCUCCAAAGCUGCGAUUAUCAACAUGACCCGCGCAGAUGCCAUAGACUACUCAAAAGAUGGCAUUCGCGUCAAUUGCGUAUGCCCUGGGGUAAUCGAGACACCAAUGACGACAGGCUCCGCCGACGUGACAGAGCGACUGAAGCCAGCCAUUGAGAUAGCACCCAUGGCCAGAAUGGGAACACCAGAGGAAGUAGCAGAUGCAGUGCUCUUCCUUUGCUCUGAGCGGGCGUCGUUCAUCCAGGGUCACGCCCUCGUAGUAGACGGUGGAUACACAAUAAACUGAGCUCGAUAAUCAAAGCAAGUAAAUCUGCCAGGGCACUCAAUGCCACGCCUCUUCC